AUGCCAGAUUCCGUUAAAACGACGGUGGAUCCGCUUCUGAGAGAUUUGGAUGGGAAGAAAGAGAGUUUCCGGCGAAACGUGGUCUCUAUGGCGGCUGAGCUGAAGCAAGUGAGAGGCCGUUUGGUUUCUCAGGAACAAUUCGUCGUUAAAGAAAGCUUAUGUCGAAAAGAAGCAGAGACAAAAGCUAAGAACAUGGAAAUGGAGAUCUGUAAAUUGCAGAAGAAAUUGGAAGAUAGAAAUUGUCAGCUUGAAGCUUCAACUUCUGCUGCUGAAAAGUUUCUAGAAGAAGUGGACGAUCUGAGAUCGCAGCUAGCUUUAACAAAGGAAAUUGCAGAAACAAGCGCUGCUUCUGCUCAAUCCGCACAGCUUCAAUGCUCACUGCUAACAGAACAACUUGACGACAAAACACAUUCUCUACGAGAACACGAAGACCGUGUAACUCAGCUCGGUCACCAGCUUGAUAAUCUCCAGAGAGAUUUGAGGACAAGAGAGUGUUCUCAGAAACAGCUGAGAGAUGAAGUUACGAGAAUAGAACGUGAGAUUACUGAAGCUGUUGCAAAGUCUGGGAAAGGCGCAGAAUGUGAGCUUCGGAAGCUUUUGGACGAGGUUUCUCCAAAGAACUUUGAGAGAAUGAAUAGGCUAUUGGAGGUAAAAGACGAAGAGAUUGCAAAACUAAAAGAUGAGAUAAGGUUAAUGUCAGCUCACUGGAAACUCAAAACUAAGGAGCUUGAAUCCCAGUUGGAGAGACAGAGAAGAACAGAUCAAGAGUUGAAGAAGAAGGUACUGAAACUGGAGUUUUGUCUUCAAGAAGCUCGUAGCCAGACAAGAAAGCUACAGAGGAUGGGGGAGAGACGAGACAAGGCGAUCAAAGAGAUAAGAGAUCAGAUUACCGGAAAACAAUGGAAUGAAUCGGAUUCUAGGGAGAAACCGAACUUCUGGGAUACUUCAGGGUUCAAGAUCGUCGUGUCAAUGUCGAUGUUGAUAUUAGUGAUUGUCUCCAAAAGAUGA